GAACGCAUUUCGCAAGUGUUAAGCAUUUCUGUACAGCACAUCAACUUGGGUUUGGUGUCGCUGAUGACUCAUUUUGCUCUGACUAUGUUUUCUGUCUCAAUCAUGUGGACACAGCAGAGAAACUUUUAUCUGGCAAUAGUCUCUUAUCUCUUCAUCUCAUCUUCAGCUUCUGCAGAUUUUGACAUCAGUUUAGUCGGGUCAGCUCGGUGCUAUGGAAGAGUAGAAGUCUAUAACAGCACCAGCAGGGGAAAACUCUGUGAUGAUUCCUGGGUCUCAAAUGAUGCUACAGUGGUCUGCAGAGAGUUGAAGUGUGGGAAGGCACUGGCAAUCUCUCAGUCGGUCAACUUUAAUUCAUCAACAGAAGAAAUGUGGCUUGCAAAUGUGAACUGUUCGGGGCAAGAAACGUCUCUAACGCGGUGUCCUCAUGGAGCAUUUGGAAAAAAUGGCUGUGAACACAAUGAGGGUGUGGGUGUUGUCUGUUCAGAGACCCUGCAGCAGCCCAACAUCUCCCUGACAUCUCUUGAUGGUGUACAGGUCUGGGGUCCUAAUGCAGAUGCAGAGGUCACCAAGGGCCAUAGCUUUGUCUUUACCUGCUUCAUUAACUCAAGCCUCAAUCCAAGCCAUUUCAGGCUGAUCUUCUCCAACAUCCCACACACCAAGCCAGCUGUCAACAACUCAGCUUCCUUUAGUUUCCCUGUAGCUGAGUAUAAACACCAGGGCAACUAUAGCUGUGUGUAUCUCAUAACUCUGGAAUCACAGAACUUAACUUCUACCGAGUCAGCACCGAUUCAUGUCGUCAUCACAUUUCCUUGGCUGCUGCUGGUCUAUUUAGUAGUUCCUGCUGCGAUCCUGCUGCUACUGCUGGUCUUGAUGGUGGUGUGUCUGGUAAUCAGGAGACGACGAGCAAAACAACAUGAAGGCCAUGUCCAGAUGCAAAUUACUGCCACAAACCGUUAUGAAGAUGAUGAGGAGGAGGAGGAAGAGGAGAGGGACUAUGUGAAUGUUCAACCAGUGGACAGAAAAGAGACAAACGAAACACAAGAAGUGGAGGAAGACAAAACUGAUGAUCAUGAUUAUGAGAACAUGGAGAAUGAAGAUAAUUACAUAGGAUGCACACCGCUGUCUGUGAGUAUAGAGGACAGAGCAGAGGAAGACACAGAUGAAACCAGUGAUGAUGAUAAUUAUGAGAACACAAAGGAUGAAGAUAAUAAAACAGGAUGCACACCGCUGUCUGUGAGUAUAGAGGACAGAGCAGAGGAAGACACAGACGAAACCAGUGAUGAUGAUAAUUAUGAAAACAUGAAGGGUGAAGAUAAUUACAAAGGAUGCACCCCGCUGUCUGUGAGUAUAAAGGACAGAGCAGAGGAAGACACAGAUGAAACCAGUGAUGAUGAUAAUUAUGAGAACAUAAAGGAUGAAGAUAAUUACAAAGGACGCACACCGCUGUCUGUGAGUAUAGAGGACAGGGCAGAGGAAGACACAGACAAACCCAGUGAUGAUGAUGAUGAUGAUAAUGAAAACGACUAUGAAAAUGUAACGGAGGAAUAUGCCGAACAAACUGUAGACAUUUAUGGACAGGAGCAGGAAUUUUAUCAAAUCUUUUAGGUUUCCAAUGAUUAGUAUCAACCUGGGGAGCCAACAUAUGAGAACUACACAAGAAGAAUACACACAUCAACACUUUGAAGUCCUUUGAUCUUCUCGGUCUGAACUUCUAUUUCAUAGUGUGACAUGAAUCUAAUAUCUAAUAAAAUCUAAUGCAGUGUUUGUUAACUCAGCCAAGGCAGUUAUGUUUAUGUAGUGUUUAUGUGCGUGAGAGUCAUUCUGUCUGUAUGCACAAUAGCUUGAAAGGUUUUUAACAAUUUUUGAUUAAACCUUGUAGUGGUGUAGAACAGGGUCAUGUUAACAAUCCGUUAACAUGACCCUUACAUCCACCAAAGUCAUCAAAGUCAACUCAGUGAGUU